GUUCGGCAUCUUUGCCCUUGACUUUCUGGCUCAUGAGAAUAGCUUGCAUUCUGGCCAGAGAUAUCGAGAACUUGGUUACUUGUCCUUUGUGUCCAGUGCUAUUCUCAGACGCAGAUUUCCUUGCCCUGUAGCUGAGAGGUGUGUGUGGAGAGAGAUCUGCCGGAGCCCGAAAGAGAGCUGAUCAUCCACGUGAAGGACAUCAGUCAUUUCUUAAUGCAGGACAUCGCCUUCUUGUCUGGGGGUCAGGGAAAGGACAAUGCCUGGAUCAUUACAUUUCCAGAAAACUGUAACUUCAAAUGUAUACCAGAAGAAGUCAUUGCAAAAGUGCUCACUUAUCUGACAUCUAUUGUAAGGCAAAAUGAGCCUAACUCCCAGUUCACCCUUAUUGUGGAUCGGAGAUUGGAUACGUGGUCAUCUCUCAAAAUCUCUCUACAAAAAAUCUCAGCUUCUUUCCCUGGGAACUUGCACUUAAUUUUGGUUUUACGUCCUACCAGUUUUCUUCAACGAACCUUCACAGAUAUUGGAUUCCGAUUUAGUCAGGAGGAAUUCAUGCUGAAAUUACCAGUUGUUAUGCUGAGCUCAGUUAGUGAUUUGCUGACAUACAUUGAUGACAAGCAGUUAACCCCUGAGUUAGGCGGCACCUUGCAGUACUGCCACAGUGAAUGGAUCAUCUUCAGAAAUGCUAUAGAAAGUUUUGCCCUCACAGUAAAAGAAAUGGCUCAGAUGUUACAAUCUUUUGGAACUGAACUGGCUGAGUCAGAACUACCCGAUGAUAUGCCUUCAAUACAAGAAACUCUGGCACUUCGUGCUGAAAGGUAUCAUCUGUUGAAGAAUGAUAUUACAGCUGUAACCAAAGAAGGAAAAAUUCUGCUGACAAACCUGAAAGUGCCUGAGUCUGAGGGAGCUGUCAGUUCAAGUCUUGAACGUCAUCAGCAUAUAAGCGGCGAUUGGAAGACGAUUAAUAAGUUUUCUUUGUUCAGAUUGCUGGCUCAAGUACGUGAUAUGGAAACAGCUUUUGAUGGAUUUUGGGAAAAACACCAAUUAAAAAUGGAACAGUAUCUGCAACUAUGGAAGUUUGAACAAGAUUUUCAAGAGCUUGUGACUGAAGUUGAACUUCUGUUAAAUCAACAAGCAGAGCUGGGCGAUGUAACAGGGAGUAUCACUCAAAUAAAACAAAAACUUAAACAACUGGAAAGCUUAGAAGAAAAUUCUCAGGAUCUGUUAUCAAAGGCCCAAUUUCUGACCUUACAUGGACACAGGCUGGCAGCAAAUCACCAUUAUGCACUGGACUUAAUCUGCCAGAGGUGCAACGAGCUCCGUUACCUUUCUGAUAUCUUGGCUAAUGAGAUCAAAACAAAGCAGAUACAGCUCAGCAGGACCUUCAAGAUGCAUAAACUACUGCAGCAGGCUCUUCAGUGCUGUGAUGAAGGGGAAUGUCUUCUAGCUAAUCAGGAGAUAGAUAAGUUUCAGUCUAAAGAAGAUGUUCAGAAAGCCCUUCAAGACAUUGAAAAUUUUCUUGAGAUGGCUCUGCCCUUUAUCAAUUAUGACCUGGAAUCACUACAGUAUGAAUUUGAUGUGAUUUUAUCUCCUGAACUCAAGGUUCAAAUGCAGAAUGUACAGCUCAAGCUUGAAAAUAUUCGAAGCAUAUUUGAGAGCCAGCAGGCUGGCUUCAGAAAUGUGAGAGAUAAGCAUGUGAGGCCAAUCCAGUUUAUGGUACCCACACCUGAAAAUGUGAUGCCGUCCAGAGUACAAUUUUUUUCACCUAAACCUGUGGGAGUUGGAUACUCUUUCUUUCAAGCAUGUAAACUUUUUUCAAAAGGGAAGAAGACUUGGAGACAAAAUCAGAGCAACUUAAAAAAGGACCUUUGCUCCAUGAAUGAAUCCACUCCUAUACAAGUGGUACAUGAUUGUCGGGAGAAGAGGAGUCCUGGCCAAUCUUCCAGUCUGGACAAUGACAAUAGCUUGGAUAUUAUAAAGAAGCAUGUUCUCAAUGAGCUGAUCCAGACUGAAAGAGUAUACGUUCAAGAGCUGUAUACUGCUUUGUUGGGCUACAGAGCAGAAAUGGAUAAUCCAAAGAUGUUCGAUCUUAUGCCACCUCUCCUGAGAAAAAAAAAGGAUGUUCUCUUUGGAAACAUGGCAGAAAUAUAUGACUUCCAUAACAACAUUUUCAUGAGCAGCCUGGAAAAUUGCUCUGAUGCCCCAGAAAGAGUGGGACUGUGUUUCCUGGAAAGAAAAGAUGAUUUUCAGAUAUAUGCAAAAUAUUGUCAGAAUAAGCCCAGUUCAGAGGCAGUUUGGAAGAAGUAUUCAGAAUGUGCCUUUUUCAAGGAACGUCAAAGAAAAUUAAAUCACAGGCUUGGUCUGGAUUCUUAUUUACUCAAGCCAGUACAGCGAAUCACUAAGUAUCAGUUACUGUUAAAGGAGCUGUUGAAAUACAGCAAAGACUCUGAAGGAUUUACUCAGUUACAGGAGGCACUUGACACCAUGCUGGAUUUACUGAAGUCAGUUAAUGACUCUAUGCAUCAGAUUGCAAUAAAUGGCUACAUUGGAAAUUUAAAUGAGCUCGGCAAAAUGAUAAUGCAAGGUGGAUUCAGUGUUUGGUUAGCACACAGGAAAGGUGCCACAAAAAUGAAGGACUUCGCUAGAUUCAAACCAAUGCAGCGACACCUUUUCCUUUAUGAAAAAGCUCUUGUGUUUUGUAAGAGGCGCACUGAAACCGGAGAAGGCUCUGAUAGAUACCCGUCAUACAGUUUUAAGCACUGUUUGAAAAUGGAUGAAGUUGGGAUCACAGAAUACGUAAAAGGUGACAACCGCAAGUUUGAAAUCUGGUAUGGCGGGAAGGAGGAAGUUUAUAUCAUACAGGCUCCUAAUAUAGAUGUGAAGAUGUCAUGGUUAAAAGAAAUAAGAAAUAUUUUGUUGAAGCAACAGGAGCUUAUGGCAGUUAAAAGACAGAUGCAACAGGAUCAGGUAACAGAACACAAUCAACUUUCUCCUCAGCAGAAUGAUGAAAAACCACAGGCAGCUUCUGUAAGUGUUGAGGAAACUGAAUUGGAGCACACUGGUGCUAUGGUGGAGCGCAGUAAGACUGUCGUGUCAGUUCAGGCAGAAGCAAAUGCAGUUUGGACUGAGAAGUCACAAUCUGCAGAAAACCCUGAAGAGCCUCAGGAAUGGCCAAGCACCUAUUUCUACUCCACUUUUGAUGGCAGUGAAGAGGGAAAAAGACGCUUAAUGAGACCCCUGUCGGAUAUGGCUAUCCUAUAUUGAUGAAGCUACUAUGUCAAAUGGCAAGUAGCUCUUGCCUGCCCGCUCUUCAGCCCAUGUGGAUAAAAUACUGCUCAAAAGACGUUCAGCCCAAACGACGUGGAUGUUAUUUUCAGGUUAUUUCUUCUGGACUUGCAAAGAAUCAACAGCACAUCAUUUUUUCUUUUCUUUCAACCAGUUUUAAUUAUGGUACUCUUUUAUCUUUAAAAUAGUGUAUUCAAUGUAUAAGAUAUUCUGCUGGACAAAUUCUCAUCUUAACACUUUUGGAUUUAAAAUUCUUUCUUCUCUGUAUCUUUGUAACCAAAUGCAAUCCGUGUGCCUUGGAUUAUUUAGCUUAUUAUGAACUAAGUUAAAAUUAUGGCUGCAAAAUGAUUAAGGUCAAGUAAAGCACAACAUUAUUAUUUAACAGGCUUUUAUUGGAUCUAGAGCUUUUGUGCCCAUUAUUUUAACCUGUGCAAAAUGAUACAAACUUCAGAAACCCUUUUGGGGCCCUUAGUAAAUUCUGUUCAAAGCUAUCGCCUUUUGUAUGCGCCAAGAUAAAAUUUUCAUAAGAGUAAUUUACAAAUAAUUGUAUUUAAAAUUUAAUAUUUUCCUUCUUUUUCUGGAUUUAUGCUUAUAAUUCAUGUAACAAAUUAAUUGUGC